AAAGGGGUGAAGGAGUAGCUAGAGAGAAUGGAAACAGAGAUAGGGAAUAGGGGAUCCUCAAUCCUUACCAUGAAACCAGCGGCGGAGAUCAAGGCAUGCAAGAGUCAUAGUGAGGCUGAGCGUCGCCGGAGACAACGCAUCAACGGCCACCUUGCCACCCUCCGGUCUCUUCUUCCCUCCGCCACCAGAAUGGACAAGGCAACGUUGCUCGGGGAGGUGGUGCGGCACGUGCGGGAGCUGAAAGGCCUUGUCGGUGACGUGGCACGUGACGUGCCGGGUGAAGGAGAUGAGUUUGGAGUUGACGACUCGGAGGGUUCGGUCAGGGCUUGGCUUUGUUGUGCGGACCGGCCCGGUUUGAUGUCCGAGUUGAGCCGGGCGAUCGGAUCGGUUCGGGCCAGAGCGGUUCGAGCCGAGAUUGCUACGAUUGGGGGUCGAACCAGGAGUGUGGUUGAGCUCGAGAUGGUUGGGUCCGAUCCGGUCGGACCGUUUCGGUCUAAACUCCAAGAUGCCCUUAGAUCGGUUCUUUUGGGAAGUGAACCCGGUUCACUUGUUAAGCGGCCCAGGCUCUCGGUCCGGUCUGGCACUAGUUAAUACUUUCUAGUAAAUUGAGAAAAAAAAAAAGGUAUUU